GUUUCUUCUCCAUACAAUACAAUUUUAAGUUGCAGGUAGAAAAAGGCAGCUAGCUCAUGGCACCAUCACCAUCACCAUCAAUAUUUGGUCAUCCAAGUCACAGAAACCUGCGGCUACUCACUUCAUUCACUGACAUCCUUAAACUAGUGUUAUAUCUCAUUCUAUUUUUGGUCCCGAAGCAGCCGGUUGUUUCACAAUCAAUAAUAAAAAAUCUACCAGGAUUUCCGGGAAACCUCCCUUUCAAACUUGAAACUGGGUAUGUUGGGAUGGGUUACUUGGAGGAGGUGCAGCUAUUUUACUACUUUAUUGAGUCAGAGAGAAGUCCAAAAGAUGAUCCGCUCCUGCUUUGGCUCACCGGUGGCCCUGGUUGCUCCGCGUUGUCCGCUCUGUUUUAUGAAAUCGCCAAAAUCAUGUUACUGGAGACUCUUAUUAUAAUUUUACAGGUUGCCAACAUAAUAUUUCUGGAUGCACUUGUUGGUACUGGCUUCUCUUAUGCAAAAACUUCUGAAGGAUAUAACAUAGGAGAUCUAACUUCAGCAUCUCAAACCUAUGAGUUUCUAAGAAAGUGGCUCCUGGAUCACCCCAAAUUUCUCUCGAAUCCGCUCUAUGUUUCUGGUGAUUCUUAUUCGGGCAUGACUGUUCCAAUCAUUGUUCAGAAAAUGUACAAUGGUAUUAAAGAGGGAGAUGGAUACGUGCUAGGUAACCCAUUUACCGAUGUGAAAACCGACCUCAAUUCAAGAAUUAUCUUCGCUCACAAAGAGGGAUUACUAUCAAAACAGCUCUAUGAGUCAACUAAAAUAAAUUGCAAGGGUGAGUAUAUGCGCCCAGAUACAAAUAACUCACUGUGUAUGGGCGAUCUUGAAGUUGUGAAUAAGUGCCUGGAAAAAAUAUAUAUGCCUCAAGUGUUGGAACCAAAGUGUAGUACACUCACUCCUAAACCAAUUGGGCAUCCAAGUUUUCUGCAGGGAGAGCAUUCCAUGGAUGUUCACCUUUCAACUCCACAACUUCUUGGACAAUGGUGUCGAAAUUAUAAUUAUCUAUGGUCUUACAUUUGGGCUAAUGAUCAAACUGUUCAGAAAGCUCUUAAUGUUCGAGAGGGAACUAUAAAAGAAUGGGAGAGAUGCAACAGUAGCUUCUCUUCAACAUAUGUACAUGACAUCAUUACUAGUAUCGAUUAUCAACGAAACCUCACCAGAAUUACAACUUAUCGAGCACUUAUCUACAGCGGUGAUCAUGACAUGGUUAUUCCAUAUGUGGGAACACAAGAAUGGAUAGAAUCUCUGGGAUUGUCUCUUAGCAAUGAUUGGGAACCAUGGUUUGUUGAUGGACAAACUGCAGGAUACAACCUAAUGUAUUCAUUGAAGAAAUACAGUUUGACAUAUGUGACUGUUAAGGGAGCUGGUCACACAGCACCAGAGUACAGGCCUAAAGAAUGUCUUGCCAUGAUUGAUAGGUGGUUUGCUUAUUAUCCUCUUUAGUAUAUAUAAUUAUAUUAUGUAUAUUUAUGUUCAAAAUAUAUGAUUUUUGAAUUUAUGAAAAAUGAAUUCUGCGAGAUGGAUGUUUGUUUAACUAAAACACUGCAUGCAAAAUGCAUGGAA